AUGGUCAACAUCACCUACGAUGAAUCUGGGUCGAUGGUCGCCACCGCCCCAGACGGCACCGCGACUGUGUACGACCUCGGCGACAUUGCCUGGGUCCUUGCCUGUACAGCACUCGUCUGGAUCAUGAUUCCUGGCGUCGGUUUCUUCUACUCUGGUCUAUUACGGCGUAAAAAUGCACUUUCAAUGAUAUGGCUUUCAAUGAUGUGUGUAGCCGUUGUCUCGUUCCAAUGGUUCUUCUGGGGAUUCUCGUUAGCGUUCAGUGAGACUGGUAGCGCGUACAUUGGCAACCUCAAAUACUUCGGUCUCAAGGGCGUCCUUGAUCAACCAUCUAUCGGAAGCACGCGUAUCCCGUCGCUUGUUUUCUGUGUCUACCAGCUGAUGUUCGCCGCCAUCACACCCAUGCUUGCUGUCGGUGCCAUUGCUGAACGCGGCCGCCUCGGUCCCAUCAUGGUCUUCGUCUUCGUAUGGUCAACAAUCGUGUAUGACCCUAUCGCCUGCUGGACAUGGAAUUCUAACGGUUGGUCCUUCGUUAUGGGAGGAUACGAUUUCGCCGGUGGAACUCCGGUGCAUAUCUCUUCCGGUACUGCUGCUCUCGCUAUCUCCGUCUACCUCGGUAAACGUCGUGGAUACGGAACCGAACGCCUCGCAUAUAAGCCUCAUAACACCACUUAUGUGGUACUGGGAACGGUGUUCCUUUGGUUCGGCUGGUUCGGAUUCAACGGUGGAAGUGCCUUGGGUGCGAACUUGAGGGCUAUCCAAGCUUGCAUUGUUACCAACUUGGCCGCUAGCGUCGGUGGUUUGACUUGGAUGCUCUGGGACUACCGUCUUGAACGCAAAUGGUCUGCUGUCGGCUUCUGCUCGGGUGCGAUCGCAGGUUUGGUCGCCAUCACCCCGGGAUCAGGUUUCGUCGGUGCACCCGCUGCCGUACUCUUCGGUUUCAUGGCUGGCACCAUUUGCAACUUUGCCACUCAGCUCAAGUUCUACCUCGGCUAUGAUGACUGCCUCGAUAUCUUCGCCUCACACGGUGUCGGUGGUAUCGUCGGUAACCUUCUGACCGGUCUCUUCGCCCAAGCAAGUGUCGCAGGCUUCGAUGGCAUCGCCGACAUCCCCGGAGGCUGGCUCGACCACCACUACAUCCAACUCGCCUACCAGCUCGCCGACUCCGCCGCUGGUUUCGGGUACUCCUUUGUUCUCACCACCAUCAUCCUCUGGAUCAUGCAUUACAUCCCUGGCCUGCGUCUUCGAGCCACAGAAGAAGCCGAGAUCCUUGGCAUCGACGACGCGGAGAUGGGUGAAUUUGCGUAUGACUAUGUUGGCAUCGAUGCGGGGAAUACGCAUGAGUUCCAUGAUGAUACGCAUAGUCAUGGGGAUGUUCCUGCUUCGACGGGUGGUCGUGAACCGAGGCAUAUACAUAGUGAACUUGCGAAGGGUGGGAGCAGUGAGGGCAGUGAUGUGGAGAAGCAACAUGCUUGAGAUGAAGGAAUUCAAGCGAGGGGGAAGGGGGAGGUGUAGCUGUUGUGUGCAAUUUGCGUGGAUCAUUCGGAUCGGCGAGUAUUCUUUCUUUUUCGAGUCUGUUCUCAUUAGGCUCUGCUACGCUAUCGUCAUGACCUCUUUCUUUUUCGGAUCUUUAUGUGGACGGUAGGACGAGGCAGGCGAAGACUCGAAGUGUUCAUUAAUUUCUUCUCUUUUUUUUUAUCUUUCCGUUUCGAUGUCCUUUCUCUGCAUUGCCUCCCCAUCUCCUUCCCUCUCCUCUCUCGCCUCGCAAGCUCCAGUGCAUUAAGUACUGUUGUUGCCAUCAUUGUCAUGAUCAUCGCCUGCCUUCGUAAAAACGUAUUGGCUUAUCACUAGCUACUUAAAUUCCGAACUCUGUACUCUACUAUAAAUCUAUUCAUGUCG